ACUGGCUCACGGUGUCCGGGAUGUGACAGACUGACGGGGGCUGAGUCAUGAAUCAUUUAUUGCGGCUGCUCACCUGAGACGCUGCGGGCUCGUGUCGGCGGACAGGUGACCCCGCAGCACGGCUGCAGUUUGUGUCAGCGUGUCGGCUGAAGGUCUGAGAGCCGCUUCAGGGUCAGACCGGCGUGUGUGGGGCACCAAUUUAAAAAAAAAAAAAUCACUUAGAAAAUGGGGGCGCGGCAGCUGAAGAGAGACGUUGAGGCGCUCAUUGGAGAUUACAUCGGGCAGAAACUCAGAGAAAACGCUUUUGAUCCAAAGGGGAAGGGGACGUCCACCAUGCUGGAUGACCUGGCUCACUAUGAUCUGGCCAUCAGCGUUGCCCUGUGGUGGUUGGACAGAGAGGAGGGACGGGACGUCCUCGACAGAGACAUCAUCGGAGCAACAAGCGGUGCAGGAGGUGCCCAGUACCCGAAUCGCUUAGAGCGGGAGGCCAUGAUCCUCUCGUCCUUCGCUGGAAUAAUCAUGAACAGCCUCCCAGUGGAGGAGAUCUUGGCUCUGUACAGAUGUAAACCAGCUGCUUCAUACCCCAACCAUCGAUCCAAGGGCACCAUCGUGUACCCUUUCACUCUGUCCUACCACCCGCUGGCCAUGCUCGGCUCGUACAAGGCGGUGCACCACACUCCAAAAAACACAGUGAAUCAGAAGUUGAAGAGAUGGCUGUCUGAGAGGGUGAAGAGGAGCGCGCCGCCUGGACGAGAGGCGUCUUCGUCCUCCUCGUCUCAGUCCUUCCUCAGUGACAGCAAUGACGGCCGAGAGGACAGAGCUGAGCACUACGAAGGCUCACUGGAGUCUCUGCACGACUGACAUCAACCCCAUGAUGGACUUUUCAUUUAUUUUCUUGAAUAAAAUGUUUGAGCACCAGA